CAAAACCAAAAAUAAUGACAGAUUGAGAUUGAGAACAUACGUUUUUGGCGAAAUAAAUUCGUCAAAUUAUGUUUGUUUAAAUUUUAAUAGUGCACAAUUUUAGGUUUGAGUUUGUGGUAAAUGAAGAUAAAGUGAUAUUAAUAUCAGUUUAACUAUUAAUUGGUGGCUUUCAAUACAGCUAUUAUGAAACUACUGUCAAGAUGCAACUUAAUUAAACAUGUCUCUCUUUUGUACCGGCCUAAUAUUAUUAAACAUGAAUACGUUGUUGCGGUCAGAGAAUAUGUUACCGUUCUCUCUAAUUCGAGACGAAGGAUAAAACACUUACCAAUCACAUCUUUGUCAUAUUUCCAUUAUUCUGAUGAUAAGAAACCAUUUCUAACCUUUGAGAAAAAGACAGACGCACUGAAGGAUGCGUUUGAACACAAAAAGGUACAGUUUAAAGACACAGAGCACCGUAUUAGACAAAAAGGUGAGGAAUUAGUGAGGGAUAUAAAGCAUCAAAGGGAAGUUACUGGCCAGAAACUAAGAGUGAAGAAAGAAUACAUCAUUAAAGACUUACUCGAAACCAAAGCAAAAGUUAAGGAAAGAUUUGAAGAAGUUGUAGAGAAAGAGAAUGUCCUCACAAUACCAAAUAUUUUAUGUUUUACAAGAAUAGCCCUUUCACCUUAUCUAGGAUACACAAUAAUCCAUGAUGACUACAAUGUUGCACUUGGGUUGUUAGUUUUUGCUGGUGUCACUGAUCUGUUGGAUGGAUGGAUAGCCAGAAAUUGGAAGGGCCAAUCAACGAAAAUGGGCUCAUUCUUAGAUCCAAUGGCAGAUAAAGUUCUAGUUGGCACUCUAUUCAUAUCUCUGACCUACCAGAACUUGAUACCUCUGUCCCUGACACUGCUCAUAGUCAGCAGAGAUGUUGCGUUAGUCACAGCUGCCUUUGUCAUCAGAUAUAUGAGUUUACCACCGCCUAGAACACUAAGCCGGUACUUCGACGUGACUCACGCCACGGCGCAGCUCGCUCCUACAUUUAUCAGCAAAGUUAACACUGCUAUACAGCUUUUACUAGUGGGCACGACAUUAGCAUCACCUGUGUUCGGCUUUGUGGACCACCCAGCACUACAAGCUCUGUGCGGAGUCACCGCAGCGUCAACUGUAGUGUCAGCCAUCAGUUACCUAGUUAGUAAGGACACAUACAAAUUUUUGAAGAAUAAGUCCUGAAACUUCUUAAUUUUUUUUGCCGAAAAUCGUUUUUGUAAUUGUAUAGUCUUCCAUAAAAUGUUUGUUUCGUAGAUAAGUGUUAACUAAUGAUAAUUAUCUUGACAAGUGUAAAUAAAUCUAUUAAUAUACAAACAAAUACCUAUUUCAGUUAAUCACCUUUGGAAUUUCUGACAGUUAAAUUACAAGGAUAUAU